AUGGCUUCACAAGGGAUCAAAGGCCCUCCCUGCAAGUUCAUCCAUGGCUGCACCAAGGAAAUAUCCAAGUUGAAGAAGGAUGUCAUGAUGAAGAUGAACGAGCCCAUGACGAAUGUUUCUCAUGAGAUUUUACCCAUCGUUGAGCCUCACAUUCACAAGUGGAAUAAACUAUAUGGAGACAUCAAGAAGAUUUUAGGUGACGGGCUUGUGGCGACCGAAGGCAAAAAAUGGGCAAGGCAACGUAGGUUGGCGCAUCUUGCUUUCCAUGGCGAAAGCUUGAAGGGCAUGAUUCCAGCAAUGGUAGAUAGUGUUCACGCGCUGCUCGAUAGAUGGCAGAAGUUAGAAGCCAAAGAGGUCGAGCUGUUUGAAGAGUUCGCGAUGAUCACGUCGGAUGUGAUUUCCAGGACAGCAUUCGGAAGCAGCUACAUAGAAGGGAGGGAGAUUUUCCAAAUGUUGAGUGAGCUGACUAUUGUUGUAUCCAUAAAUCUUUUCAAAUUAAGACUUCCCAGAAUCAGAAAGAUAUGGAAAACGAGCGAUGAUAUCAAGUCCGAGAGACUUGAGAAGGCGAUAUGCGAUGCGUUGUUAGGGAUAAUCGAGAAGCGAGAAAAGAAGGUAAACGUGGGAGAAAUGGAUGACUACGGGAAUGACUACUUAGGGUCUCUUCUGAAGGCCUACCAUGAUCCAGACAAAAGCAAGAGAAUCACGAUCGAUGAUCUUAUGGACGAGUGCAGGACGUUCCAUUUGUCGGGACAAGAAACAACGACGUCCAUCCUCACUUGGACGAUCUUCCUCCUUGCAAUUCACAAGGAUUGGCAAGAGGAAGCAAGAAAGGAGGUAACUGAUGUAUUUGGCAAUGAAGAUCCCAACCAUGAAGGAAUUAUGAAACUUAAGACGGUAGGCAUGAUCAUUAACGAGUCGCUUCGACUAUAUCCUCCAGUCGUUAACACCAUUAGAAAGGUCGUAAGGCAGGUCACAUUGGGAGAUCUUGUUCUUCCUCAGGGCAUCGCCCUCCAAAUACCGAUCCUGACGAUUCACCACAGCCCUCGAAUCUGGGGCGACGACGUGCAUCUCUUCAAGCCGGAGAGGUUCAGGGAAGGGGUCGCUGGAGCCGUGAGCAACGAUGCCGCCGCCGCGUUCCUCCCUUUCGGCUUGGGACCGCGAAACUGCGUGGGCUCAAAUUUCACGACGACCGAGGUGAAGAUCAUCCUCGCGAUGAUUCUGCGGCACUACAGCUUUACUGUGUCCCCGGACUACGUCCACUUGCCAUCCCAGAUCCUCACGAUACGCCCUCAACAUGGACUGAAAGUGAUCCUUCAUCCCCUCUAG